GAAAAGGCGUUGUUUGGAUGGCGGGUAAUAAAAAUCACAAAAACUAAAUUUAUCUUCAAAGAACAAAAGAAAAUCGCAAGGGCGAGAGUGAGAGAGAGAAAUGGGGGAUCUGUACGCCUUAGACUUCGAUGGAGUUCUCUGCGAUAGCUGCGGAGAGAGCUCUCGCUCUGCUGUGAAGGCUGCUAAAGUGAGAUGGCCGGCUUUGUUUGACGGCGUGGAUUCGACCACGGAGGGCUGGAUUGUCGAUCAGAUGUAUAUAGUGCGACCUGUGGUGGAAACUGGAUAUGAAAACCUCUUACUUGUGAGGUUAUUAUUGGAGAUGAGAAUACCUUCUAUUCGGAAGUCCUCGGUUGCAGAGGGACUCACAGUUGAUGGCAUAUUGGAGAAUUGGUCAAAUUUAAAGCCUGUCAUUAUGGAAGAAUGGGCUGAGAAUAGAGAUCCUCUGAUAGAUCUUUUUGGAAAGGUCAGGGAUGAAUGGCUGGAGAAGGACUUGCCAACUUGGAUUGGUGCAAAUAGGUAAUCAAGAUUUUUGAGAUGAGAUCAAUCAUUUAACUCUCCUGGUAAACAUACCAUUAACAAAAAGUAAAGUACAUGGAAAUAGAAGCAAACUUCAUAGUAACUUUUUAAAU